CGGACACGAUGGGACUGGCAACGCCCCCCCCGCACCUCGUCGCCCUCCUCGCGAACACCCGCACCCCCGCCAAUUACGCCACAGACGCCCUCGAGGAGUGGAUAGCCCACAGGCGGGCAAAGGGCGACUCCCUCUUCAACAUCUCACUCGCCCUCGCACAUCUCGAAGACAUCACACCCCCGCACACCGCACACCUCUUCGAUAGGGCGCGCUACCUCACAAACGUCCCACAGCCUCAGGACCUCACGCCUCCCGUCGGCCCCUUCCCGCUCGCCCGCUCAGCUUCUCUCGCCACCAUCCUCAACCAUCUCUUGGCCACUCCUCCGCCCUCCAUCCAGCAUUCUCGGGAAGUCAUCCUUGAAUAUGUCCUUGCGCGCGAAUCGAAACUCAAGGAGAAAAAGCCUGGCAGAGCGGGAAAGGGCACAAUGGGAAGGGAAGGGUUUGAGGAUAUCGCAAAGCGUAUGAGUGAGCUAGAGGAUUCCCUUCGGGAAAAUUCUGCUUCUAGCCCACCUACAUCGCCAUCUCGAGACGUGUAUCCCUCGCCUCGUCGGUCAACACGAGCAUCACAAGGCCAGUUACUCAAUGAGAACCAACAAAUAGGUCUGACUCUCAUUCUCUCUCUGAGAAUGUCUUUGUCAUACUUUGCUUUGCAAGAAUUGGCCAAUCAGCUGAUGCUGGUAACAUUGGGAGAUGCAGAAAGGAUGCUGAUUCAACAUAUUAGACGGAGAGUUCCCGGAGAAGGCAGGUGGGGUGUUGGUAAAGAGCUCGAGUACGUGGAAGGGCUGACCCUCUCCCGUCGACCGGCACUUCGUCCGGCAUUCCGCUCCGCCAAAGCAAGAACACUUCUUCCUCCCAAACCUCUCUAUCCCAUACAGCUCCCGGCCCCUUCGAAAUCGCAGUGUAUCAAACAGAUUCAGGCACUCGCUAAAGAAAUUGAGGCUGGAGGACCUGCGGCUGGUCAGGAGUUUUUGCAUGCCCAUGAACCUUCAGGUAUCUCUGCGCCAGUAUUCAACACACCCAACUCGGAAAAGUAUUUUCUCGGUAGAAGAUCUGCCAACGCCAGCCCAACCGUCAAAGCGAUAUUUGCUCGUGAAGGCAGCCCGCAGACACCCCUUUCAAACCUUCCGCCAGCACUCGGCACACCAGCAGGUUCUCCUGCUCAAGUCUCUCAGCCGGAUCCCAACAUCCUUGCAAAUUUCACCAUGGAGCUCAUAUCGGAAUUCAUCACCCGUGAGAAGCGGGAACAGAUGCUCAAGUCUAAAUGGGCCAAAACAGGACGUGCUCAGGUCAGUAAGGAUCUAGGAGAAAUUGAGGCAGCACUAUGUCUUGUCUCUAAAAACAAUGCGUCGUCUAUCGCACCGCUACUACUCCCGACAUUUCUCUUGUUGCGUCGCACCUUUGCUCUGCCACCUUCCCCUCUUCCUCAGGCGAUCACCGAACCGUACAUUGACAUCUUGCCUGCUCCACCCGAUCCCGAUGAUGUACCUUUUAGAGAACCUACUGUCAGUUCAACUACAGCUGCGCUGUAUGUAAACCCCAGAUUGAAUGAUGAUAAAGCAUACGAUGCCUUGGAAGAGUUGGCAGAGUUUGAAAAAGAAAAGGUCGACGCAGCCGGUGGGACUAGACAGCAGAUGAUAGACUGGGCAUUUUCACAGAUUGAAGCUGUUCAGAAAAGAUUCCCUGAUGGGUCCUAUAAACAAGUUUUCAACCGCAUGAAAGACAAUCUUUUGCAGCAAAGACGUCCCGAAGAACAUUAUCAGUCUAUUUCAUUUGCAAAGUCCCCAUCAAUUCAUCGCCGAGUCAAGUCCAACGCCUUUCCUAGCGGGCUUUCCGACUCGGAGGCUGGCAGUCCUGUGGCAGUUGAUCCCCUGAAGGCUCAGCAUACAAGAAGCUUGAGUAUGCCUGAUAGAAAGGCACCUUACGACUCGGAUUCCGAUUCUGAGGAGGACGUAUCCCUUGUUCAGCGCUCUACUCCUGCCGAUCAACCUCCUCUGACACCAGCUACAUCGGUACCGUCAUCCAAGCCCUUGCCUGAUGUCGAGAGGUCCUUUCCUCAAUUACCGCCCUUGAUCGUUACCCCGAUGAAUAUUGGAGACCGAAGAUCUUCGGCAGCGUCCGCUAGUGCAGCGCCUAGUUCUGGCGGUGGUGGUGGUGGUGGUGGUUGGUGGGAUGUUGUAUCUGCAGUCGCCAAGGAAGACAGUAGCAGCAAUACAGCGCCGUGGGAUACUACUCCUGAGAAACGUUCUAAUGAACCGACGAGCCACGUGAGCCAGCUCUCGACAGAUAGUCGCAGGGACGGCUUGGCCCUCAAUAUCAAUGAUCCAGCGAGAAACAUUGCGGCCCCUUUGCCGCCCGGAGCGGAACCAGCCCAAGCGCUUGAUUUCACAAGGCCAAUGAUGAGUCUCGACUUGAAUUCUCCGGUUUCGCAGGCGAAGCCACCAUUUUCAGCGCCCGUCUCUCCCCAAAGAGAAGCCCAGUAUCUUCCUGGUCAAACUGUACGCCUUGUUGAAACUACUGGGUUAGGUUUUGCACCGUCGUCGCCUCCUUACGGGUAUACUCAGCGACAAGAUGAAGACGGAAUAUUACCUCCACCGCCCCCAUUGAGGUUUGAUCAGUCUCGUGGUGGUCACACAUUGGGGAGCAGUACUACACCGUCUGCCCAUUCUUCUUCUCUUACCGCCGAACCUACGCCCACAUCUACAGCUUUGAACCAUUCCGCAUUAUCAUCCGGCCCUUCGUACCCCGCUCCGUCAAACGCAUCUCCUACAGUCGCGCAGGGCCCGGCACCGCAUCCUGCGGGACCUUUUGUUUCAUCUUCUACUACUACCAAGUCAAAACUGGGCUCAUUCGGCCGUUCCAUGUCACUUGUGCGUCGAAAAAGUAAAAAAGAAAAAGAAAAAGAAAAGGACGGGGAGAAGGAGGGGAAAGAUAAGAACAAGAAGGAGAGAGUUUUGAAUGAUCCUGGCAAGUGGAAUAGAGAUCUGGUGGCUAACAUUAUGGGGCCUCCCGCGCGAUAGCAAUCGCCAAGCCGGAUGCGGCCAUUGUUUAUCGAGUCCUUGACCAUAAUCUGUUCGGUUUCUUUUCACCAAUCAAAUCUCAUCUGUACCAAUCAUAUUGAACUGUGUCUUUGCAUAUCUUGGCAAGGCACAGCCCCCAUCUCGUUGUAAUGGAUAACUUUUUUGUUUUGCUUGCAUUUCUACUAGUGAAUCUCCCCUUUUCUUGCUACACUUACAUACAAGAUAUACUCGUCCUUGUUUUUCUGCCAAGCCAAAGCGCACGUGUGAUAACCAAUCAAUCCGGUAGCAUUUGUGUCCUG